AUGGCCGACAAGACGAACGCGGAAGGGAUCGAAACUCAAAAGACGCAAGAAGUGACACCAGAAGAAAACGCAGCCAUCUGGAGCGCACAUAUCUUAAAAACCGCGAGAGUGAGCAAAUUAACACAAGAGUAUCGCGAUAACAAAGAUUGGAAACUCAACAUAUUCACAGCCGUUUAUUAUGAAAAGAAUCCCGACAAAAACAGAUAUAAUGAUAUUCCGUGUAUGGACGAGAAUCGGGUGGUUCUCAAAGAGCGAGACGCCACCAACGACUACAUUCACGCCUCGUGGAUGACGAUGCCCGACGGAUUUCAGUACAUCUCAACGCAGGGACCAUUGAAAAACACGAUCGACGAUUUUUGGCAUAUGAUCUACACGGAGAAAUGUCGAGUGAUCAUCAUGCUGUGCCAAUACGUCGAAGACGACGCCGAAAAAUGCCGACGCUAUUUCGACAACGACGCGACGAAAGAGUACGGCGAGUACAAGGUGAGCGUCAAGGAGAAGCAAAUCGAUGAGAAUCCAUCAUUGAAGUACACCGUGUUGCAAUUAUCGCGAAAAGGAAAUGAAAAAUCGCAAACAGUUCAUCAUUAUUGGUAUCAUGAUUGGCACGAUCAUGUGGCUCCGCUCGAUCCGAUAAGAAUCAUACGAAUGCACAAAUCAGCUAUUGAAAACGCCAAAUUCGGACCAAUCACAGUGCAUUGUUCGGCGGGUGUCGGCCGAACCUCGACAUACAUUGGCAUUCAUUAUGCUGUCGAGCAAAUCAAAAUCAACCCAAAAACCACAAUGGUCGAUAUACUCAAAAGUCUUCGAAAAAUGAGGUAUGGAUCGAUUCAAAGUCAACUUCAAUACGUAUUUCUCCACAUUUGCGUCAUUCAACUUUUGAUUGUCGAUGGAAUCAUCAAACGGGAACACUCGUUUGACGAGUUUUUGAAAAAAUACGAAAAUAUCACGAAAAAGGUUAUGACGGCAAUCGAUGACGAGUUGAAGAAGCACAAAGAAAAGAAAAGCGUGCGAACGAAAAACAAAACCAAAAGCUGGGAGACGAAGCACGACGGCCAAAGCGCACUAUUCAAAUUGGUUGAACAAGAAGCAGGCAGCAAGAAAGAGAAGAAGCCGGCGAAGAAGGUCGAAGCUGUCAGCAAAAAGGACAAAAGAACGAAAAAAGACGACGUUCGUCGAUCAACUCGAAAAACAUCAAAACGAUAA